UCCUCCUCUCUCCACCCCCCAUCGUCUCUCUCUCCCUGCCCCCAUCACAUCCUUCUCGCCAUCACGACCAUCACCUUCCUGAUUCUCAUCCUGGCCCCCCACGCCGGCUUCGGCGUCAUCAUCAUCAGCAGCAUCAUCAGCAGAGAGAUUCUGGCUGCGUGAUGAAGCAUCUUCAUCUGGUGUCCUCGUUCCACUCGCGACCACAAGUGCUGCCUCACUUUGGGGGAGCAGCCGAUUGCUGAUUGGCUGCAAUCACACUCAAGGGACAGUGAGCCACGGAGCCUCUCCCUACCCCCAGCCCCCCCCCCCCACCACCACAAAAAACUGGGGGGCUCAGCGACCACUCGAGUGAAGCAGCUAAUGAGCGAAUGAGUGAAUGAGACACUUCAUGAUUGGUCAAUUGAAUUGUCACGCGAGUGACUGAUGGAGUGAAUGAACGAGUGAUUGAGGGAACGAGUAACCGAGUGAAUGAAUAACUGACCGUAUGCGGGAACGUGGUGAGCGACUGCGUCGGUGAGCGAAUGAACGGGCUGAAUGGAGAACGGACGAUCAUAUGAAAACACGGCCGAAUGAGCUCACGAGCAAGAGAGCGAUUGGCUGAACUGUUGAACAAUCGAUUGAACGUUCGAGUGAGCGAUUGAUCGGGGGAACCGGCGAUGAAGUGCUUCAACUAAUGAUCAAACGAGUGAUCGAUUGUGUGAUUAAAGCGAGCGAUUGUGCAAGCCGGCGACUGGGCAACCACGCAACUACGUGACCGGUCAACCAAACAAUCGACUGCCCUGACCGACUGACGAACCCACUGAUCAACCGACUAACCCCCGCCGAUGGUACUUGACUGACCUAUCGACCAAGCGACAGGCCAACCGACCAACAGAGAAAAUCGAUUGAAGAACCAACUCACCGAUUAACCAACCGACCGACUAAUCAACCAACUGACCAACCAUCCAAACGACCGACCGACCAAGCACCCAUCCGCUGAACCCGAUCAACCAACCAAUCCCAUUAACCCACCGGUCAUCCAUUCAAGCGAUGGGAGGCGGUGGCGGCCGUGCGGCCGUGGCGAUGCCCGUGGAGCCGCUGACGCUCAAGUCUCGCUGGUACAUCUACGCCAUCCACGGCUACUUCUGCGAGGUGAUGUUCACCGCCGCGUGGGAGUUCGUCGUCAACAAGAACUGGAAGUUCCCCGGCGUGACGAGCGUCUGGGCCCUCUUCAUCUACGGCACGUCCAUCCUGGUGCUCGAGCGGAUGUACCUGAGGCUGCGCGGCCGCUGCAACAUCCUGCUGCGCUGCGUCGUCUACACGCUGUGGACCUACGCCUGGGAGUUCUUCACGGGCCUCGCACUGCGCCAGGUCGACGCCUGCCCCUGGGACUACUCGCACUUCCGCUACAACUUCAUGGGCCUCGUGACGCUGGAGUACGCGCUGCCCUGGUUCUGCGGCUGCUUCCUCGUCGAGACGAUGGUCAUCCGCAACACGCUGCGCCUCCGCUUCGACGAGCGCGGCGAGCGCAGGGCCAGGGCCGCCGCCGCCGCCGCCGCCGCCGUCGCCGCGCGGGCCGAGUGACCGGGGGUGGCGGGGGAGGAGGCGGAAGAGGCCGCGGGAAAGCGGGACCGGCGAUCGGACGGUCACGACAAACGAUCGAUCGGCGUGCUUCGAGCGGGCGGGUGGAGCUGGGGGAGGGAGAGGGGCCGACCGAUCCACCGAUCGAUCGGUUGUGCGGUCGGUCGACUCGACGGGCCGGUCCCGGUAGCAGGGCGACAUGAAAGCCGGGUGACGACCGCUGGGUUGAACGGUCGACCGACCGACCAAAGCCGGGCGUCCGUGAUCCACCAACCCUCGCGGGCUUCGCCGCUUUUGACGUAACGGCCGCCCGUCUUCGUCUCCCGGAGACGGCGAGGAGCCUCCGGGGAUGACGGAGAGUCUCCCCGGAGAUGGGGGGAGGGUCUCCCCUCAGUUUCCGUCGCUUCUCCGGACCGGCGCAACCCGCGUCGGCAUUCCGGCCCGUCCGGCCGGCCGGCCGGCCGGCCGGCGCCACAGUUCGGAUUCGUGACCGCGGCACGAAACCGGCCACCGGCACGGCCGGCCGCUUGUCGAGAGACGGGUCAUCGCGACGACGCCGAUAUUUAUUCACAUCCGAGUUGACGAACGUUGAUUGAGUUGAAGGUUACGUUUCCAGUUUACCGGCGUUUAAAUUCUUGAAAAGCAACACUAUGUCGUUCGAUGUCUAACCAGCCGUUUAGUUUUUAGCGUUUUUUUUUGUUCCAUUAAAGUAGUUUGGAUGACCUUGUUUGUUCUUUUAAAAUCUUAGAGGCUCUUCGAUAGUUUUUUUGUAAAAUUUGUUUAACUUAAAGAAAAAAAAAACCUUUCAAUUUCAUCGUCCUCCUACUCCUCUUCGUCACAGUUUCCGUUUUUGUGUUUCCCGGCGUUGCUCCGCCACCGGUUUCCCGAUGCAAAAAUCCCACCGCGCCGUCCACACGACUCUUGCGAUCUUCCCCAAUUUAUUUAUUACUUUCUCAACGCGCACAUUUUUUCCCUUUGCGGUUCAACGAAUCCCGUCGAACGCUUCGUUUAAUUCGGAACUCGAUUUUUUUCCGUGUUUAACGCAAAUUCAUUUGAGCUUAAGAUUCCCGCCGCGCCUCUCGGUUGGAAUUUGCCGACGCUCCCACGUGUUCAGGAAUUACUGCUCAACUCUCAUCAUCAUCAUCGUCAUUGUAUUAUGUUCUAAAGAUACUUCAAACUGAACCCGUCGUACUUUUUUUUUUACUUUAAGAACAAGUAGAAGAAAGAUUAGAACAUACAAAAAAAAACUAACAAGAGCUUUAACAAAAACACAACUUUAUGCGUACAUAUAUAUUUACAUGUACUACGUACGAUAUUACAAUACGACCAGCACUGCAUGCAGAGGCCUUCAUCCAGCAGCGGAUCGACCAAGGUCCUGUAUUUAACUCCGACGCGGACACCUCGCGUGCAACACCGCGAGAGAGCACCGACGAUCGUCGUCCCAACGUCGAGCGAGCGAAGAUGCCACAAGGAGCAGUAGCAACAGGGGACUCCCAGGGGAGGCCCCCCACCUCC